UUAAUUUGAGUACGAAAAUCUGCAUUUGUUGCAUUGCCUUUAUAGUUUGAAUUUAUAUUUUUCAGAUGGAUUUGGAACAACAGUUCGAGAACGAGCCUCUCAACGUGGAUGUGCCGAAGAUUUCAGAUUCUGAUUGUAAUUCUGACCCACACCAUGAGAAGUCGAAAGAAACACCCAUCUCGCGGAACACUAAUGGCAAACGAAAAAUAGACGAAGAUAAUACAUCUAAGAAGAAACGCAAUGGACGCUUUACUGAAGACACAAUCCCAGAGGAGCUGACACAUAUUGGCAACAAUGUCUUUGUGGGACCUACCCUUUUCAACGGAAAGAUCACCGUGCACAUCAGGCAAUACAGCAAGUACGGGAGUUCAUAUUAUCCGACUCGUAACGGUGUGAAUUUAGAGCCUUCGUGUUUGGACACCUUCUCUCAACACAGCCCACAAGAGGUGUUCACAAUGAAUCUGCGACUACCCAAGAAUUUUAGUGCGGAAUAUGAUGGUUACCACAUCACGUUAAAGCAACUAACAGUAAAACGAGUGGAGAAAAGCAAUAUCAGAUAG